AAAGACUUACCAUGUUUUCGUCUGUAAACAAGAAUCUAAGGACACAUUGGACAACACAUCAACACGUCACACUAUCAGCUGAAAUUGAAAUUGAAAUUGAAAUUAAAUGUUCUACCCCAUCCUGAAGCAACAAUGAAGAAUUCACAUCUAGCAACUACUGCUAGACUGUUCAGGGGAAUCAAUACAUGUAACUAUAGUAACAGCAACAAUUUUCCUACAAUUGUAGUGCACGAAUAAUAUGCCAAAUACAGAUUUUUGUAAAUAUCUUAAAAACUAUUCAAAAUGGGCAAUCAAAAUGUAUUACUGACCCCCCAUAAUCUGUCCAUUGCGCACAUUUUGAGUAGUCAAGCAACCUCCUAGGUCAAACGGUCUCGGAGAUACCGCUUUGGCAAUAUAUUCGUCCGCAUUUUGGCAAUUUCACCCUGUCUGUGAAAUAUGUCACCAACCAAAUAAAGUUCCCAGACCUUCAAUUAGUACAUUCCUGAAGAGUUUAGCUCUGGACAUAGAAGUGCAUACAAAACCACCAUGAGCUACUCUAGUAUGGUGGAAAGGAACAGGGAAAAGUGUGAGAACUGUGGAGUUAAAAUGUGGAACAGUCCAUAUUACAUUGCACCAUGUAUAAAACAGAAAGAGAACAGCUAAAUGACAAAUACCAGCCAAGCACUAUUUACUUUCUUAAGUGACACACAGUUUGUGAGAAGAAUUCCAACUAGGUUAAAUCAUGGAUGUGACAUCCAUGGGUUAAAUAGUAAAUUGACAUGAUGUUACACACUCUUGCACCGUAGAUGGCGGUAUGCGCCCUAAAGUUGUUUGCAAUUUGACUGCUAAAUUACAUAACCUUAGUUGAAGACAUGGGGUUGCAAGCUCCAACACUUGUUACUGCUAAAUGGCUCGCAAACUUGGUCAAGAGCAAUCUUGUCGGACCGCGUCUGCGGAUCCUGGACACGUCCUGGUACCUACCGAUGAUGAAACGAGACGCCAAGAAGGAAUUCGCACAAUCUCACGUCCCGGGAGCGUCUUUUUUUGACAUCGACGAGUGCUCGGAUAGGGACUCAAAAUACGAUCAUAUGCUCCCCAGCGAGCAGUUUUUCGCCGACUACGUAGGGAAUCUGGGCAUAGGAAAUGAUAGCCAUGUAGUUGUUUACGAUGCCAGUGACUUUGGAGCUUUUUCCUGCACCAGGGUCUGGUGGAUGUUCAGGUUGUUCGGCCACCCUCAAGUGUCCGUGCUGAACGGGGGGUUUAGGGACUGGCUCAAGAAGGGUUACACAGCAACAGGCACGUACACUAGGCCUGAAGCAGCCACCUUCACCGCCACCAUGAACCGCUCCUGGGUCAGGUCUUUUGAGGACAUCACUGACAACAUUGCAACACAGCAGUUCCAGGUGGUGGAUGUCAGGCCCCAUGAAAGGUUUUGCGGGAAAGCACCAGAACCAAGAGAGGGUGUCAAACCGGGUCACAUCCCUGGCUCCAAAUGCAUGCCUUUCCUGGAGUUUCUCGAUGAUGAUGGCAUGAUGCUGUCCAAAGAGAAGCUGAAGAAAUUCUUUGAGGAGUCGAAGGUGGACCUGAAUAAGCCAAUCUGUGGAUCGUGUGGCUCCGGUGUGACCGCCUGUCACAUGGUGCUGGCUGCCCACCUGUGUGGCGCCCCUGGGGCGACUGUGUAUGAUGGAUCCUGGUAUGAGUGGUUCAGCAAGGCUCCGUCUGAGCAUGUCGUCUCCGAGGUUAAAAGAAAGCUUUAAUUGACAAAUCAGCCGUUUGAAUUAACACUUUUAUGAUACUGAUCAACUGUAAUCACAAAUAUUUAAACCUCCAGAAAUCAGCAGAAACUAUAAAAUCUUAAAUCUAUGCUGUGUGUGCUUGUUAGAGGAUCUAUAUAUAUAUCUAUGUCUAUAUUGGAAUGUGAAACCUCCUACUAUAGCGCCUGCCCUCUGGACUUUUAAAGAAAUGUAUCCACAUGGUACAGCCUGCUGGUGCUUUGGGGGAAGUGCACUUGGAAAACUGAAUUCCAGUUUGUAUGUCAUAGCCUCUACUUCACAGUUAUGAACUGCCUUAGAAAAAGGACAUAUGCAAGUAAUUACAUUUGUUCCAAUGAGUUUUGAUAUGUGAUUUAAAAUGAAUCUAUAUUUUUUCCAUGUCAAUAAAAUCAAGUGUAAGAA